AUGGAGGUGCCUGAAGCCCCCAACGACAACGAAGCGGAGCUGGCACAUGUGCUGCAGGCAAAAAAGCAGCAAAUAGAUGCCUAUGAGGACCAGCUAAAAAAGCUGAAGGAGGAGAUGGAGCCCCUUCUCAGUGCACUGAGAAACAAAAUUGAAGCGCGCCGACAAAAAGAGGCAGCCGAGAAGGAGGACAAAAAAGCACAACGGCUCCUACAACAACAACAGCAUCAACAGGCGAAACAAACAAAGCCAGAAACAAGGCAACAAAAACAACAACCACAGCAGCAACAACCACAGCCAAAGCCUGCUACCAAAAUCACUGGAGAUGAACAAAAAAUGAAGGCUUUACCAGCAGUGACAGGCCCAAUGUCUGAGGGCCCAUCCACUUCGAGUAAGGCCAAGCAGCAGCAACAACAACAGCUACAAACAAGGCAGCAACAGCAGAAACAGCAACAACAGCCGCAGAAGCAGCAUGCUGUGUAG